UCUCACUCGUUUUCCCCUCCCUCCUUCCAACCCCCACGCCCCCCCCUUCCCCUCACAUCCUUGGAAGCAACAAUUAAGCAGCUCUGGGAUAAAACACACUGACUGCGAGAGCACGGGGGCAUUGCUUCAAGAGAUGGCAAGGCAGGCAGCUGCACCCCUCCUCCCCGGAGUCCUCCUCCUCUUCUCCAUCCUCCCGGCUUCUCAGCAAGGAGGGGUCCCUGGUGCUAUCCCGGGAGGGGGAGUCCCAGGAGGAGGCUUUUUUCCAGGUGCUGGGGUCGGAGGUUUGGGAGCAGGUUUGGGAGCAGGGCUCGGGGCUGGAGGAAAACCUCUCAAACCAGGGGUCAGUGGCCUCGGGGGACUCGGCCCUCUUGGCCUGCAACCAGGUGCUGGGGUCGGAGGUUUGGGAGCAGGUUUGGGAGCCUUCCCCGGGGCAGCCUUCCCAGGUGCUGCAUCUGCAGCCGCUCUUAAGGCUGCAGCAAAAGCUGGUGCUGGUCUUGGUGGCGUGGGUGGAAUUGGUGGCCUUGGAGGUGUGGGUGGAGUUGGUGUUCCUGGAGGCCUUGGUGUUCCUGGAGGCCUUGGUGUUCCAGGUGCAGUGCAGCCCGGGGUUGGCGCAGCGGGGAAGCCCCCCAAAGUGCCAGGUGCUGGCAUCCCCGGAGCUUUCCCAGGUGGUGGCGUGCUCCCUGGAGCAGGUAUCCGCUUCCCCGGUGUAGGCGUGCUGCCCGGCGUUCCUACCGGCACCGGGGUCAAGGCAAAAGGUCCAGGAGCAGGAGCCUUCGCAGGAAUCCCUGGACUGGGAGGCUUUGGAGGCCAGCAGCCCGGUGUCCCUCUGGGGUAUCCCAUCAAAGCUCCCAAGCUCCCAGGUGGCUAUAGAUUGCCCUUCGUCAAUGGUCUCGGACCAGGCGGGAUAGGAGCAGGGGUUCUAGCUGGGAAGGCUGGGUACCCCACUGGGACAGGUGUUGGAGCGCAGGCGGCAGCAGCAAAAGCGGCAGCUAAAUAUGGAGCUGGUGUCCUGCCUGGGGCAGGUGGCAUCCCAGGGGUGGGCGGCGUGGUGCCCGGUGUCGGCGUUGUGCCAGGAGCUGGAGUGGGAGGCCCAGCAGCAGCAGCAGCUGCAGCGAAGGCAGCGGCGAAGGCAGGAGCCUAUGGUGCAGGGGUGCUGCCCGGGGUUGGUGGUGUCCCAGGUCUUGUGCCUGGUGUCGGCGGUGUGCCCGGCUUGGUGCCCGGUGUCGGAGGUGUCCCCGGUGUCGGAGGUGUCCCCGGGGUGGCAGGAGUUGGGACACCAGCAGGAGCAGCAGCAGCAGCCAAGGCAGCUAAGUACGGAGCCGGUGUUCCUGGUGUUGGUGUUCCUGGUGUUGGUGUACCUGGUGUCGGCGUUCCUGGUGCUGGUGUUCCCGGCGUUGGCAUUGGAGGUGUUCCUGGUGUAGGUGGUGUGCCCGGUGUGCCUGGUGUGGCUGGCGUUCCUGGGGUGGUACCUGGUGUUGGAGUGGGUGGCCCAGCAGCUGCGGCAGCAGCAAAGGCUGCAGCAAAAGCAGCCGCAUUUGGAGCGGGACGUGUACCUGGGGUUGGUGUGCCUGGUGGAGUGCCUGGGGUUGGAGUACCAGGAGUUGGAGUACCAGGGGUUGGAGUACCUGGAGUUGGAGUACCUGGAGUUGGAGUACCUGGAGUUGGAGUGCCUGGAGUUGGAGUACCAGGGGUUGGAGUGCCUGGGGUCGGUGUUCCUGGAGUUGGUGUUCCUGGAGCUGGUGUUCCUGGUCUGGUUCCUGGAGCUGGCCCAGCUGCUGCUGCCAAAGCAGCUGCCAAAGCUGCUAAGUAUGGAGCAGGUGGCUUGGCUCCCGGUGUAGGUGGCCUGGCUCCUGGUGUAGGUGGCCUGGCACCUGGCGUGGGAGGCCUUGCUCCUGGUGUAGGUGGCCUUGCUCCUGGUGUAGGUGGCCUUGCUCCUGGUGUAGGUGGUCUUGCUCCUGGUGUAGGUGGUCUUGCUCCUGGUGUAGGUGGCCUGGCCCCCGGUGUUGGAGGUGUCCCAGGUGUUGGAGGUCCAGCAGCAGCCGCAAAAGCAGCAGCUAAGGCAGCCAAAUAUGGUGCUGGUGUUGGAGGAGUUCCCGGUGCUGUGCCCGGUGCUGUGCCCUGUGCUGUGCCCGGUGCUGUGCCUGGUGCUGUGCCCGGUGCUCCCGGUGUGCCAGGAGUGACACCUGGUGUUGGCGGUGUCCCCGGUUUGGUGCCAGGCGUAGGGGUGCCCGGUGCUGGUGUUCUUCCUGGGGCAGGUAUCCCCCAGGUUGGGGUGCAGCCUGGUGCUAAGCCUCCCAAAUUCGGUGUGCCCGGGGCUGGGGUCCCAGGGGUUGGUGGCAUCCCAGGUGGCCUCGGAGUUGGUGGCCUCGGAGUUGGUGGCCUUGGUGCUGGUGGCCUUGGUGCUGGUGGCCUUGGUGCUGGGCUCUUGUAUCCAGGAGCUGCUGGAAAACCUCCUAAGCCAGGGGCUGGAGUUCCCGGUUUUGGUGUGUCACCGAUAUUUCCAGGUGGGGUUGGCGGCCAGUUGGGAUUUGGCGGGAAGCCCCCCAAGACCUACGGAGGAGCCCUGGGUGCCCUGGGCUUUAGAGGUGGAGUUGGCUGCGCACAAGGGAAAUACUGCGGGAGGAAGCGGAAGUAACCGCCCACCGUCACCGAUGACCUCAUGAACUUUGGUGCUACUGCAUGGUCCAGAAUGUAAAUCCCCACCGAGCUGAGACCCCCCCCCGGCCCCACGCUCCCGGCAGGGACCCCACGGCAGCGUCAGGGGCCGCCCCCCACCCCUGGAACCUCCCCCCCCUCCCCAUCCCCAGCAGGGAGCGCGGAAUAAACUGCGGGGAGCAGCCAUCCCCCUUGGUGCUAUCGCUCCUUGCGGGGGGGGGGGCCUGGGACCCCCACACCAACCCGGCCCCGGUGCUCCCCCCGAGGGGUGGCUGACCCCGGGGGGGGGCCGGGCUGAGCACGAGGGGCACUCAGGGGUGGGGGGAGGGAGGGAAGGAGGGAGGGAAAGAAGGGGGUCCCGGUGUUGGGGGACACCGCGGGGACACUGCCGGCCCGCGGACCCCCCCCCCGGCCCCCUUCAUGUUACUCACUUUGAUAUAACUGGGUGGGACGCCCUAAGCAGAGGGAAUCGCUGCCAACAGACUAAUAAAGGACAAGUUUUUAAUGGAA